GAGUAGUUCUUUCUCUUCCGAGAAUAAAGGGGGCGAGCCACCUUUGUCUAACUGGCUGAAGCGCAACCACGAGUUGAUUCAAAAUGCUCUUAUUGUGGAGCUGUUUCAUCUAUUGUAGCGACCGAGAUGCUUCUGGAAAAAGAAAGAACUAAGAAUGACUUGGUUGGAGAUAUCAUAAAUAUCACAUUCGGCGCACCUCUCUUCGGCGAUGAAGCAGUUCGGAAGUUUUUGACCGAUAAAACGUUCGCCAAUUCUAUGUUCCACAUAGUAGCCGAGAACGACCCGGUUCCUUGUUUGCUUUCCUUUGCUCAAAGUGUUUCUGCCAUUAAAUUUCAAGUCGAUAAGCAGAUAGACCAAUUGGUCUCCAAAGUAUCGACCGUUGCUGGGCAAUCUUACGUCGUGGACAGAACGAAAUCUCUUGUGGAAAUGAAAGAUACAUGUGUUAAUUUUCUCGCUAAAGUGGAGCCAUAUUUGUCGCCUGCGAUUGAUCUGGCUGCCGCAAUUUAUCCUACAAAUGCAAUUGUUCUGAAAGGUUUUAAAGAAGGCAUUGACAUGGUUGGCAAAGGUAUGGACAAAACUGGCAAUGAAGAAGUUAAACGUAAAUAUGUACCGGUUGGAAACUUCUUCUUCAUAUGCAAUGAUUUCCUGUUCUUGAAGCACUUCAACAAUUCCCAGGUUGAAAGCAUCGUUGAGUCAUUGGAUAUUCUUAAAGAUGUAGAUGUGGAAUCGAUGGAAACUUCUCAUAGAUUAACAAACUACCAGGAACUGUGCAAGUGUAACGCGUGCUUUCACCCGGGAGCGUAUUUAGCUGAUGAUAUUAUGCAUCUGCCACCAGAUGAUGAUGGAAAUGUGAGAAUUCUUAAAAACUCACGAAAUAUAAAGCUUAUCCAAGAUUUUGAACCCAAAAUACACAGCGCUGAAUUGGCAACCGUGGAAAGUCAAGAUGUGACUAUGUUGCGACUUGUUUUGAUAGGCGAAAAUUUGUUUCAAAUUUAUCUUCCCAAUUGCUCAUUUGACUUCGGAUUUCCUUUUGGGAAAGACGACAAAGUAACUGUAAAAAAAAUUGGGAUGGGUUCUAAUGCAGAAAAAGUUGUUAUCGAACAGGAAGUCAAAGGUACUGAGCUAAGUGUCUCUGAUCAUGGAUCGAACAUCAUAAUCGCAACGCAGUUUGGUUUCGGAGACAUCGUUUUACCUCGUAAGAAUAUACGAAAUAUUGAAGUCCAAUCGGUGUCCCAGAUGUCGAGGCACGAGUCCAUAUCGCUGAUAAUCAAAAAGUCAGUUCAGCGAGGAAUGGCAUUGUCACAGCUUAAAAAGAAGACUUCGCUCGAGGAGCCGUUAGUAUCUGAGAUACUGAAGCUCACCGAGAAAUGCCUGCAAGCUUCAGAUCAUGAUAAGCUAGUUAAAGUUUUCAGUGACAAAAACAUUCAGUUCAUUUUGAGUAACGAGCAAGAGUAUAAGAAAGUAAGUGACAUCUGUGAUAAGAUUGAAAAAUAUAUGAUGAGUCCACUCAAACUGAAUGCUGAAAAGUCUACACUUCAAGUAAUUUCAGUGGGAGCUUUAGCUGUCCUUGGUGGAGGAGCUAUGGCUUACAUGGCCGGUCCAGGAUUGCUUUUAGUUGGAGCUAUUGAAGCUCUGAACAUAACAGGCGUUGGAGCUGCAGCUACUUUUGGAACCCUUAGUUCCGGGUAUUUCGCGAAUCGGCUUCUAACUGAAGCUAUCGCAGAUCAGAAUUACAUCCAAGUUCUAAAGUGGCUAAAAACCGAACUGUUUUCGGUUUGGAGUGAGAGAGUAAAAAUCGAGAAUCCUGAAAAACUGCAGCAGGUUUCCGAUCUAUGUGACGACGAUACAGUUUAUAGUAACGAAAAAGCUCUGCUGCUUAUGUUCAAUAAGGAUAUUGGUGUUUUCAACUUUGAGGGAAGUAAACUUGAACAAUGCACAGUGGAAUCGAAGAACAGGUUGAUUCAGCGCAUCGAAUGCGUCGAAAUAAUUCACAGGAUCCGUGAUAUUUUAGCAUCUCAGUGCUUCAUUGGAAUUGUCGGGCUUCAAGAUUCGGGCAAAACAACGCUGCUGAAUAAGAUAUGGGGUUUCAAAGGAAGCACUGGUCUAUUUGCUCAUACGGAUGUACCCGUAAUGCACCAAAUUACAAAGAAAGUGAGCAUCAUAGAUUUUCCUGGUAGCAACAGUUUGGACUAUCAUGCAAAGACGUUUAGCAUUUGUGGUGCUAUGAAUAAUAUGAUUAUUGUACUAGUGCCUUUUACAGGAGACGUGAGUGAAAUUGUGAGUCGCGAGCUGGCUAAAGUAUACGAAGCAAUGGUUGGAACCGAAUCUUCGAGAAUCAUUAUAUGCGUGAAUAAAACAGGGCUUCACCUGGAAAAGCUGAAAAAUGAGCUAAAAAUGGAGGCGAAUCCGAUUGAUUUCAUGAAACAACGAUAUAUCACGAAAUUGAACGAACAUUUCACAGACACCCAUGUAAAGGUCAAAACGGAACAUAUCUUUUUCACGGAUUGGGAAAUAGGCGAUGAUGGACGCUCAUUUGGCAUCGAAGGAAUCGACGAAAUCAAAGAAGUGAUUAAACAGCAUUUGAUUGAGUUAAACGUGGUGAAAAGACCAAACUCAUCACAAUUUGAAGAUUCAUCGGAAUUAGAAGAUUCAGUUUCGCCGCCUAAAUCCUUUUCAAUCUAAAUAAAAUAAACUUCUAUGAGCUUUUUAUUUCCUGCCUUAAUAUUUUAGCCUUUGAAAUAUCAAAUCCUUGCUAUUUCCAAAACUCUAUCCGUUUAAUUUUCUACUUUAAUAUUUUUUCAAGACAAAUAUUUUCUAUUUUCAAGACAAAUUUUCUAUAUUUAUAGCUGAUAGAUUAAUGUCAAAAUAAUUGUUUGUAACUUAAUAAACGCUUGUUUCAUUACAAAUUU